AUGCCCCCUCGUGAAAGAGGAUAUGAGAGGCCUCUUUUCGAAAGCGACGAUGAUAGCGAUGCUCCGCUAGCCGCAUUGGAGCAUCUUGAUCGCUUCGACGGCGCACGUUCGGGUCAGAAUAUUGGAGGUUUCGACGAUAGCGAAGACGACGACGCGGAGGAACCGUUGGCUGUGCUUGAUCGGAUAGAUCGCGACAGUGAAGAUCGCGAGUUUCCAUCGCCCAGACACCAACCGCACGAUACUGCUAUGAGCAGCGAUGACGACGAGUCUUCCGUGGACGACGAAAGGCCCUUAGCGGCGGUUGAGCGCCUGCGCCGAAGUCUUUCUCAGGAGAGCGUGGAAGACAGAGAGAUGCCCUUGGCUGCACUGGAACGACUGGAACGCGUCAGCGCUAGUCGAACUGCAACCUCCCCUGAGGUGAUAGAAGUAACGGACGAAAGCGAUGACGACCACCAGUCCGAGCCUGUGCCACGGGCUCCCGGAGGCGCCGCGGGCGUGCGCCGACAUCUUUCUCGGGAGAGCGUGGAAGACGAAGAGAUGCCCUUGGCCGCACUGGAACGACUGGAGCGCGUCAGCGAUAGCCGGAAUGCAACCUCCCGCGAGGUGAUAGAGAUAACGGACGACAGCGAUGACAACCUCGAGUCCGGGCCUCUGCGACGGGCUUCCGGAGGCGCCGCGGGCGAUCUCGAGUCCCCGCGUGAUCCCGUCCCUGUUUGCGCGGGAGUACCGCGGGAUGACGGCCCGCCACGAGAAGCGCCGCGCGCCGAUGUUGACGCUACCGUGCCCGCGGGCAGAUCGCAAGAGAAGGGUAAGGAUAAGGCGACUGUGCGCAAUACGCGCGCCGUCGGCUUUCUCCCCAAGGAGCUUGGGUCCGUCGCAGAUGACGAAGAUGUAGACAACCGGAAAUAUAACGCGAACACUCGGUUGCGGCAGUCCUACGGUGUAGAAAAGGACGACGCGAUCCCUGAAGUAUCCUACCCUGGCUCAUCUCACAAAGUGCCGUUCACAUACUGGAAACGGAAUGAGGAUUUUCAUGAGCGAUCGUUUCCGACCGAGUCUUCUUAUCGGCAACGACGUUAUAAGCACGAAAAGGUUGCGGUGGAGAAGCAAGCGGAUAUUAUACAAAGAGCCCAAAUGGCCCUACGAUACGUGCGCUCUCUCAGGAUGAGUGUGAUCGGAAUCAUUGAGGAUCCGUUCGUACAACGCGCUUGCGAGAUUCAGGGAGUCAAGAUUCAGGUUACAGGAGAUGAAGACGGGGACACCAAGGGCUCAGAAGCGAUGGAUACGGACGACUGA